AUGACCACGACAUAUUUACUUUUUUUAGUUUUUGCGGUAAAUACUAUAAAAUCAGCUUAUGCAAUAAGUUGUUACCAGUGUUCUGGAACAGAUUCAGAUGAACCAUUUGAAUGUAAUGAAUAUUUAGAUACAGACACAGGAUUGUCGCCAAUAGACUGCGAAAAUAUCCACAACGCUCAAUACUGUAUUAAACAAGUUGGCAGAUUUGAAGUUAAAGGAAUUGAGUGCUACCAAUGCAAUACUUCAACAACGUUGGAAUGUAGUGAUGGCUUUUUGUCACUUGAUGGAACUUUAUUAAGAUCUGCUUCAUGUGACCAUGUCUACGGUGCCCAAUAUUGUAUCAAAAUGACAGGAGGGAUUGGUACAAAGAGAUAUUGCUCUUCCUUAGAUCUAGGAAACCAAUGCAACUAUGUACAACAACCUGGUGACAAAUUAGAAUACCGAACAUGUAUUUAUACUUGCAAUACCGAUGGGUGUAAUGGAGCAUCUAGCAUACAUAUAUCUACAACAUUUUUUAUAGUACUUUUAUUUAUAUCAAAAUGUACAGUUUUU